AUGGGGGGAAUAGCUGAGAAAGCUAAGUUUUUCUAUGACGAGUGCUUUUUAGGGUUAAGGCUUGUUGAGACUAGUUAUCUGGCCAAACUCGCCGCGAAUAGGUGCAUAGUUGAUCUUGUUCUCAAGGGAACAGCUCAUACCCUAAUAAGCUCUGCUGAAUCUCCGAAGCAGAUCCAUGAGAUCAAGGAUUUCCUUCUCACAGCUAGAAGGAAGGAUGCUCGCUCUGUAAAGAUCAAACGGAGCAAAGGGGUUGUGAAGUUCAAGGUCAGAUGUUCAAAGUAUCUUUACACACACUGUGUAUUUGACUCGGAGAAGGCUGAUAAGCUCAAGCAAUCUCUACCUCCAGGUUUGAGCGUACAGGAUCUGUAA